AUGUCUGACGCUGGAAGAAAGAACUUUGGUGACAAGGUCAGUGAGAGCUUGACCCCUGACUCCCAAAAGACUACCUACGACUCUGUCAAGGAGACUGCCACUGAUGCCUAUGACAAGGCCGCUGCCAACCUCACUCCUGACUCUCAGAAGUCUGUCUCCCAAAAGGCCGGUGACGAGUUCACCGGUGCCAAGAACGACCUCUCUUCUGCCACCUCCAAGCAAUCCUCUGAGACCUCUAGCUCUGCCUCCGAGGGCUUGAAGGGCAUUGUCGACACUGCUGCCGACUAUGCCCACCAAGCUGCUGACUACAUCCGUGGCACCGGUGACUCCACCACCACCACCGGCUCUACCGGUACCACCAAAUAA